UUGCGGCCACCAGGCUGGGUCCGAGCAUCCCGCGGCUCCGGACCCGCCCGGCCCGGACAUGGCGACCGUUCGGGCCUCCGUGCGAGGGGCGCUGCUGCUUCUGCUGGCGGUGGCGCGAGUCGCGGAGGUGGCAGGGGGCCUGGCCCCGGGCAGUGCGGGGGCAUUAUGUUGUAAUCAUUCAAAGGACAACCAAAUGUGCCGUGAUGUAUGUGAACAGAUUUUCUCUUCAAAAAGUGAAUCCCGACUAAAACAUCUAUUGCAGCGAGCCCUGGAUUAUUGCCCAGAAACAAUGGUUGAAAUUUGGAGUUGUAUGAAUUCAUCUGUGCCAGGUGUGUUUAAGAAGUCUGAUGGCUGGGUUGGCUUGGGCUGCUGUGAACUUGCUAUUGCCUUGGAGUGUCGACAAGCAUGCAAGCAGGCAUCUUCAAAGAAUGAUAUUUCUAAAAUCUGCAGAAAAGAAUAUGAGAAACGAACCCACUGCAACAUUGUGGAGAAAUCAACAACAACAUCUGGCGCGCCAACGUGACUGAGAAAGAAACAGCGUGUCGGACUCGGCGAGGUCCCCCCUGGAUUUCGGCAAGUAGGCCCCUCGGUGUUUUGUGUGCUGUUCGGUUCUGUGAGGGUGAGCACAGAACCCCCUCCUACGCCCCUUUCCUUGUCCUUGUCCUCGGUCUAAGUGACCCCAGGUUAGCGUACGUCGCUUCUCGGCUCCUCCUUUUACUUUCGGUUCGCCCGGCGAAUUCACAUAAGGGACUGAUCAUCCCAGAAUUCGGAACCAAGUCAUCUUCCCUCACUCGAGAGAGGUGACACUCCGGAGACACCGUGUGGGCAUACGGCCUUGACCUAACGAAUCAAGGAAGUCCCCCACUAAGCACAGGACAUACGUACGAUCUGAUACACCACUAUCUGUCUGGCAUAGGGAAACCUCCCACAAAAUGCCAUCCACAGUUGAGGUGCUAGGAAUUUGCUUUGUUACGGUAGCAGUGCUAUACGUGUCUUUCCUCUGGCUAGAGUUGGCGUACCGUGCCGCUCUUAAGCGCUCAGACAUGGGAAAGAUACCCCCCUCUCAGAAUCCUGUGCAGAUUAUCAAAGAUACUGAAUCUGUGAGUGAUAGGAGCCUGACACUCCAGGUCCCUGUCUCACAGACAAUGGUUGAAGACUUAGGGAGAGAGAGCUCCGACAGUGAAAAAAACAACGUAGCAAACAAGGUAGCAAUGCCUAGUCAGCUACCCCCCACAUACCCGUGGGAUGAACUAAGAGGACCUCUACACAAUAACUCAUGCGAGGUCAUCCCAUCCGCACCCAGUGAGGAUCCCCACAUUUGUGGCAGUCCUCGGGCACCCCAAGCUCUCAGGGCAGCCGCUAGAUCCCAUGCCAUCAGCAUGUUUGCUGCUAAUGUUGAAGUGUACGCAAAAUUCAGACCCUGGAUUCCAACGCCUGUAAAAAGGCUUCUAUUAACCAAGGGUCGAGGAUAUGCUUGUGUCUUUCCAGAGAAUGCAGAACAGCCCAUUUGGGUACCAGCCAGAAACAUCAAGCCUGCAACUGACAGCCAACCAGAACCAGCUGAACAAGACCAAGACUCCGCCUUGUUAGCAGACGCACCUGCCCUAUCAUCCUACCCUGAGAAACUGCCCGAAGCCAUAUCUGUUACUGUUGUGUACCCCACUAGCUCUGGUCAGCCACUCCAAUGGCCCACAGCCUGUGUGCGGUCAUGCCACUCCUGAUAACCAUUAUUCCUCAUUCCUACCCCUAUCUGAGCAAGCAAUCCUGUGGUCUCUCGAUUUGAGCGCUGGUUAGUCAAUGACGGGUAAGAUCCCCUGGGGGACAACCUAAGACAGGCACAGCUGCGUACGGAGACCACAUGGAAACGGGGUCAACAAUGGUAUGGCCAAGAAUCAUGCCUCCCGUUGCUCAAAAAUAAACGAAAAGGGGGAAAUGUAGUGGAAUGAGAAGGCCAUGCCAAGGUGGCCACUGGCAAGCGAGCGUCAGUUAGUCAGGAAUGGUUUUGAAACUGCCUAGCAACAGGCUGUGAUUGGAUGGCUCUGGAAACUGCCUGGCGACAGGCUGUGAUUGGAUGGAUUUGAAACUGCCUGGCGACAGGCUGUGAUUGGAUGGCUCUGGAAACUGCCUGGCGACAGGCUGUGAUUGGAUGGAUUUGAAACUGCCUGGUGACAGGCUGUGAUUGGAUGGCUGUGGAAACUGCCUGGCAACAGGCUGUGAUUGGUUGGGGUAUGGACCGGCCCUUGACCAGAUUGGCUGGUCUUGGCUAUAUAAGCUGUUGUACCAACUGUAAUAAACGAGUCUGCAGGCUGCUCGCCUCAAGCCUGCUCUCACCGGACUCCCGGGGUCUGUGUGUUGACUCCGCGCCUCUUGCCCCCACCACGCUGCUCUUCUCAGAAACGAACCCACUGCUACAUUGUAGAGAAUUC